GCCCCCUCCCCCGACAUGCCCUCCCCCUUCUGGCUGGCACUUGGGGGAGGGAGCUGGCAGCUGGAAGCCGGAAGCCAGGAGCUGGUGGAAUAGUUUGCAGGUGUUCCCCCAGGUGACCCCAAUACCUCCUCCCAUCCACUCUUUAACCCAUGUUGUCAGGAAAGACGGGUUGAAUUACCUGGCAGGACUGGCCACUGCAGGUAAUUAUGGCCUCUGAAGCAGCUGGAGGAGUUAUUUGUUUCGACCAGAAGCUGAGAGUGUUUGAUGCGGGAGUGAAAACUGUGGACUCCUGGUCUCUGGUCCUCAAGCACCUGCAUAAAUGGCUGGACAGGAGAGUUGUGCGGGCUUUGGUACAGCUCAACAAAAUAAUUUUUACUGGUACUGGCAAAGAGUGAAGCUGGACUCCCAGCCCUGCCUCAGUUACUCCUUUGGCAACUGGUUUGGGCAACAGCACAGUGGUGGUUCUCCUUCUGGCUACCGCUGUGGCUUUGCAAUGGCUGGAAAUGGACCCAACCUUUAUUCUGCACCUGAGACCCCAGGAUGCACAGCUGGAACGUGGCUUCCACCCAAGGAAACCACAGCUCUGGCUGAAAACCAAGAUGAAGAUUCACUAGAAGAUCCAAACCUUCAUUUGAAUAUUGACGCGUCAAACGAAGAGUUUAUGGUGAAAAGCGAAGAACUCUACGACGCGCUCAUGAAUUGCCACUGGCAGCCUCUGGAUACAGUUCAUUCUGAAAUCCCCGAUGAGACCCCACACAAACAAAAUGUUCACCCAGCUACCCAGCUAUCACAUUAACCCUAUCCUAUUUUGUCUCUGUUAAAAAAAAAAAAAAAAAGAAUCUGGAUUCUGUAGGUAAAUACAGAUUUCCAAGACUUACAUGUGAUUGACAUGAAAGCACAUACUGUGAAUAAACUUUUCCAGCGCAUUCA